GGCUGUUUUAUGCUAGUCGAAUUGAGACCCAUCAAUUGCAUGUCUGCAAAAGGGUCGUUCACGCACACACCCACACACUUGCAAAGCCACGCCACGAGCACCAUGAGAAUUACUCUCAGACCAGCACUUCUCAUGCAGAGCACUGAGUGGCGGGCAGAUUGCCCUCAUGGCCAAGCCAAGCAACCGACACACACGCACACACCACACCCAUCCAAUGAAUGACACACAUGCACCCACCCAGUCACAAAUACACAUCAACAACCGAACGGAGGACAGCCUCCUCUCUCCCCCUCGCCAUGCCGCCGGCAAAAUCUCGUGCAGCUGAGAGGACACACACGCCUCACACACGCCUAGCGUGCCUCGACAGGCAGACAGACCGACAGACCGACAGACCGACAGACCGACAGACCGACAGGCAUUCAUUCAUUCAUUCAGACGAAACUGACAAAAAGACACACUAACGAAUGAAUGACCUAUCUAUCUAUCCUAUCUCUCUCUCUUCCGGCCCGGCCCGCCCCACCACCACAGCAAUACGAUGACUGACUGAGCACACAGACACUUUAGCGGCCACUAGGACGGACACCUUCAUUCAGGUAAGAAAGUCGUCACGGGCAUUGUCUGUGGCGUUAGCCGACUGGAUGACGACCGUCUCUCGCGCAGCGUCGUGACACUUGAUAUCGAGGCUGGUCUCAAAGCCCGUUUGGCAGAUGUUACUGACCAGAACUACGUACAGCCCCGGCUCAGGCACCAUGACAGCUCCGUCAUGGACCCCGAAGUCGGCGUUCUUCCAGCUCUCCCCGCGCCAGACGGACGGCUCACGGUACAUGCCCGUCUCGCAGCCGCGAAAGACGAACACUCCCGUGUUGGCGGCGGUGGACUGGCUGUUGUGGGUGACCGAGAGGAACGUUGGCUUGUCAAACUCAGCGAAUAGCAUCCGUUGGGACAUCGAGACGCCGAGAGAGCAGGAGAGGUGGAAGGCCGACUGGAGACCCUGCACGAAAUCAGCCUGGAAGGCGAUGUGCCUGCCGCAGAUGGCCUGGGGGCCUUCCGGGAUCAGAUUGGUGACAUGCGCCUCGUUCAGGAGGCUUGCUGCACACCCAGCUGCACACACACGGACAGACAGAGACAAAAGGAGUAGACCCAGAUGAGAUGCUUUCUUGCCGCCAUCCAUCCAGGCAGGCAGGCAGGCAGGCAGGAAAGCCGGGAGAGGAGACUGUUCCUUUGCUUACGUAUGGGCAGGUCACGGGUGCCCGGCUCCAGUCCGAUGAACGGGACGGACUCGGCCCCCACACGACUUGUGGUGGGCGGCAGCUGCACAGCCGGCCGCUGUUGAAGUUCAGGCACUGCACACAACACAAAUCACACACACCAGAGGAGAGGUGGGUGUAUACUAUACGGAGCCGAGCUGUCAUCUCUGCGUGGCUCACUUACCGGUGAAACUGCAUGUGCGUGUGACGGUGCUGCCCUGAAUGGUCAGGGCAUCCUUCGGCAGCGGUGGGUAGAUCAUGGCCACCAGCUUAUCGCCCGCCCUGACCUCUCCCCUGGAGUCAUCGUAACUCAAUUGUGAUGAGCCUCGGCUGUCGACCUUGAUCACAUCAGCACGGCACUUCUCGUCCUUGGUCACACCGAAGUUAAGGAUCAUAUCGGUGGUGGAAGGGGUGCCCUCGCCCGAGCUGGUGACGGUCACCUCCACUCCCCUGCCGUCACUCCCGGCGUCGAUCCUGAGCAGGAUGGUGUCUCGCGAACCAUCGUCUCCGUCGCUUGAUGCCCCGGUGACCUCCACUUUGGCUUUGGAUGGCACUUUGCCGUCAAUGACGAGGUAGUCGCUGCCCCGGCCACCCACCGCUUUGACGAGGUCGAGGUCGUCGGCGUCUUCGCUGAUAGUCACGGAGAUGCAGUCGUUGCCAUCCUCGCCAUCAGCUGUCAGGCUGCCUUUCCCAUCCUCCACAGACAGAACCAGCGCGUUGUCGGCCGACGUGCCUUUGCAAUGCCCGUCAGUGGCGCUGCAGGCCACUUCAGCUGCAGGGGCCUUGGUCAGACAGGUUGGCAUGUUGUCUGACAGACAAACAGACACGCGGGGCAGACAAACAAACGAUGAGACAGACGUGCACACACUUUCUCAUUUAAGUGACUGACGUACCGAGCGACGUGACGGCAGCGUAUGCGUCCAUGAGGCCGUGUCCCGUCUGAUAGUCGUGGCCUUCAUCGAAGUCUCCUGGGCCCUGCUGGCUCAGGUCGAUGUAGUCGUCCAGAUCAAGCGCGGUCUCGAACAGGAUGUCUCGGAUUUCUUUGGGCGUCAUGCCUGGCUUCCAUUCAUUCAGGAGGGCUAUGACGGCGGCCACGUGCGGGGCGGCGGCAGAUGUACCGAAGAAGUUAGGGGCCACUGAUUGCAUUCCGACAAUGCAAUGCAGACAGACGUUGUGGAACGGUAAGGGCUUGGUGGGGCCGCUCUCUGCCUUACCUUUGUUGUCCACCGGUGUGCCAAAGAAUGUGGUGUGGGUCCCGUCAGCAGCGGUGAUGUCUGGUUUGGCGCGUAUGUCCCCGCCCGCCGGCUUCUUGUUGCCUUGUGUGUCGUAGAAUAUGGGUGUGGGCCCGUGCGAUGUCGUUGGCUCCGCAGUGGGAUACUGUGAACCGUAUCGCGGUGUAUCGGCAUACUGCAUGGGAAACACAACACAAGACCGCCAGGGAAGCCUACGAUCGGUCCGCUGUUUCUUUGGCUUACGUAGAUGGCCGCUGCAGCGAGGGUAUCCUUCAUGUUGGGAUGGCCCCAGAGGGUGGGUGCGCCGGUGAAGUGUGUGAGUGGGAAGCCCCACGAGUUGGACCAGAUCAAGUAGCGCAUCAUCUCGGGGUCAGGCCCCUCCCACUUGACGAUCUUGAGCUUGAACACUGUAUCGGCACCCGGCACGCCAUCCACGUCGAUCCCGCCUCGAUUCUCAAAGGCAAACAUUUCGUACGCGUCUUUGCCGACGUUCUGGUCGAGCCCGCCUGUCGCCAUUUUGGUGUUGAGGAGGUUGUCGGCCAUGUCGUACAUCAAGAUGUCCAGGUCUGAGCGUGAGCCAACUCCUGGAGCAUCUGACGCCGAGGCCCAUGGCUCCGACCUGAUACCAGAGAGAGUGGCCAGAUUAGCAUCGCACCAUACACUUGAUGUCGUGGAAUGUCUCCUUCCCACUGACCACUGCAAGAUGAUCUGGAAGUCGUUUCCCACCGGCACCGAUAUGAGCUGCACACAACGUCCAACGAUAUACGGUGCAGAGGGGAUGGAGCGGUGAUUGGGUUGCGUGGAUACCUACCUGGUAGUCAGCAACCCUCUCGUCAGACGGGUCGAAAUCGUGUGUGACGAGCGAGUUGGUUCGGCCUCCGAAAUCCACGACAGUGGGCUUGCCCGAGUCCCUGAAGGGGGCCUGGUAGGCGUUGAUCCCAUCACUAUACACAGACACAACAAACACACGAGGGAGGGCGAGGCGAGGCAAGGUGAGGCAGCAGGAGGGAGGGAUGAGACGGACGGACGGAGGGCUGCCCUGCCCUGCCCUAGCUACAGUGCGGUGCGGUGCGGUGCGCUGACUUACUUGCCAGCCGCUGAGAUGUACGGUGUGCCCUCCUCGGCAGCUUUCUGGGCUGCCCGACCCACGAUGCCAUCCUGCGCACACCACACCAGCAACACACUCCGUGUCCGUGUGUGUUGCUUUGCUUUGCUGGCACGUACCUGGAAGAAGGGCUCGCUGCCGUAGCCAAUCUAAUCAAGGCACGCAGAAUCAAUCAAUGCCACACCGUGUCACGGGUGGGUCGUCUGUUCAGCCACUCCCCACUCUCUUUGUGUCUGUCUUACGUCAUCCACGACGAUGUCGCACUCUUUGGCUAGACGGAGGAUGUUGUUUGCAAAGGAGGCUGCUCCCUUGAAUGCAGUGGCGAAGGAUAGGUCCGCACCGGGAGCCAGGUCGUAUACCAGCUGAGCCAUCGCUGAAUGAAUGAAUGAAUGAUCACAUACAGACAGACAGAAACAGACAAAAGUCCCCCCCUCCGCCUCCGUCUGCCCUGACGCCCUGCCCACGCACCUCUGCCCUCGUCGAUGCUCUCUGCACACACGCAAACACACACACACACAGACACACACACACACACACAGAGACAGAGAGAGAGAGAGAGCAAUGGGUCGAGUCGACACGUUUGGUCCCUCCCUCCCUCCCUUCCUUGGCGUGGCGUAUGUUUUGUAUUUGCGUGCGUCCGUACCUUGGCCAUUGAAGUCAUCGAGGAUAUGGACACCGUCCCUGGGCAAGUCGCCGGUGCUGAUGUCGCUGGCCGCAGAGCCAGGAGCGCUCCUCGAUGUGUCGAACGAGUCCGAGAUGAUCCCUAUCCUCUGCCUCCGACCCGUCACUCCCAGCGUUGUCCUCACCACAUCCACAUGGUGCGCCGCAUCGGCUUGGCUGGUCGUCUGGCCGGUCGCCACAUCAUGGCUGCCAAGUAAGUCAAAUGCCCCCCGGUGGACGAUAAAGCUCCGAGAUGCAUAGUGGAGCCUCGGCAGCGACGGCAGCUUGUCGAUGGCCGACACGGGCAGCCGCCCAGACACCACCUUGUGGAACGCCUCACCGUCUUCCAUGCCCACCUGCUGCAGCUCCUCCAGCAGCCGAGGGGCGUCGUCCAGGCUCGUGGCAGCAACAUCGACCGUCACCAGGUCAGUUGCGCGGAUGGUGGUGAAGCUGCUCACGGCCUCGAGCGGCGCCUGCUGCUCUCCGCCCACCUCAUCGCGGCGGCUGCGAGCAGUUGGCUGUUGCCUCUGCCGGCGGGGUCGCUGGACAGUGGCUGGUGCGCGUACGCCCUCGCCUUCAGGCUGUAUGCCGAUGAGUGACGAGAGCGUCCAGCUGAUCUUGGCAUCCACUGCAGCCUCCUCUGCACUCACGGUUUCGCCCCUGUACUUGGCCACAGACCUGCCGUCCGCCGGGUGCAGACAUAGCAGGGCAACCGAGAGGGCCAAGAUGGCAGCUGCUCGCCGCAUCCUGCCAAUUACCAUUUUUCCC